CGCCACGAAUGGCUCGUGGCGAAACGUUCGCGAGAAUUUCGCGGACGGUUCGCGACAUCUCUAUUUGUGGGUUGGUUCAGUUCCCGAACAGUCCAUGGAAAUCCUACAAACACAGUCUUUCAAUAGCCUUUUAGCAUGGCCCAUAGUCCUGAGGCAGGAGGCUAGCAAGCAGGCUCCUCCAGGAGCUUGUGGCGAGGGCAAUAACCUUUUCGGUCACUUACCUGGGUUCAGCACAUGGGCACUUGCUCCCCCCCUCCUCCCCCCUGGAUUUUUCAGCUUGUUCUGCUAUUUUCUUGUGUGAGAUUAAAAUGCACUGCAGUAGGUGGAGUAGGUGUGUAUGGAGAGAGACAGGGAUAGGAAGCUACAUCUUAACCCUGCUACUCUCUGCUAACUGAAACCCCAGAUCAGGAAAGUGAGGGAUGGGGGGGAGGCAGCCUACAGAUCAGUUAAGUGAGGGCUGGGGGAGACAGCCUACAGGAAGGGUCAGCAAGGAGCAGGAAGGUAAAGUAAGAGAAGGAGCAGAAAGGAGAAGGAACAGAAAUGAGUAGGAAGGGACAUCAAGGAGCAGAAAGGGCCAGCAAGGAGCUGGAAGGGACAGCAAGGAGCACAAAAGGUAAGGUAGGAGAAGGAGCACAAAGGAACAGAAAUGAUCAGGAAGGUCUGCAAAGAGCAGGAAGGGUCAGCAAGGAGCUGGAAGGGUCAGCAAGGAGCUGGAAGGUAAAGCAGCACAAAGGUAAAGUAGAAGUAGCAGGAAGGGACAUCAAGGAGAAGAAAGGGUCAGCAAUGAGCUGGAAGGGGCAGAAGGAGCACAAAAGUAAAGUAGGAGAAGGAGCAGAAAUUAUCAGGAAGGGUCUGCAAGGAGAAGGAAGAGUCUGCAAAGAGCAGAAAGGGACAGAAGGAGCACAAAGGUAAAGGAGCAGAAAGAAUCGGAAGGAGCAAAAAGGUAAAGUAGGAGAAGGAGCAGAAAAGGGUAGCAAGGAGCAGAAAGGUAAAGUAGGAGAAGGAGCAGAAAGGGAUCAGAAAGAGAAAGGAGCAGAAGGGCGUAAAAUAAGCAAAAAGUAGCAGAAAGGUAAAGAAGCAGAAGGAGCCAAGGAGGAGAGAAGACAGUGUCAGAAGAAAAAGAAGACUGUGUCAAAUAAAGGAAAAUAAAAGGAUAUUGGAGCAGGAAGGACAAGUGAAGUGAACCCUCCACUUAAUUCUGGACACCACAUCAUCACCACAUCAGACUUUGGUACCUGGGCCUGGCAGAGAAACUUUGGCCUUCUCAUCUCCCCAGGUAAAAAAAAAAAAAAAAAUAUCAGUGUUAAUGUGUUCACUUUUAUUUACUGAGUGUCAGCAAGCACAGAGUGCCGCUGGGUAGGGGUGUCGCUGAUUGGCUAGAGCGGUCAGCUAGCACUCUAAGCCAAUCAGUAGCUCCGUAUUCAUAAAAAAGUAAAACAUUUUUAUGAACCGGGAACUAGCGAUUGGCUUAGAGCGUCAACUCACCACUCUAGCCAAUCAGCGGCACCCAUACCUGACAUCAAUCUGCACUUCCUGACACUCCGUUUCAGAAGCCGAAUACCACUGAGCGACCUGGAGAUCUGGAGCUGGAGGAAGCCUUUGGGGUUAAACCAUUUGAGAGCGGUUUAACCCCUUAAAGGAAAGAGAGCACACAGGGGCUUCCUGGCAUCAUAGCAUUUUAAUUUAGAAGAAGUUGUUAUGGUGACCAGAAUGUUCCUUUAAUUUGCCUAAAGGAACACUAUAGUGUCAAGAAUGCAAACAUGUAUUCCUGACACUCUAGUUGUGAAAACACUAUUCACCCUGGCUUUAUGUGAUAAUGACUAUGCCCCUUCCCUUUCAUGACACUGUCAAAAAGGGACCAAGCAUGGAUGUCAUUACAAUUAUGCCGCCCCCGUUCCCUCGCCGCCUCGGAUGGGACGUCGCCCGCCGCGCUGAAGCCCCAUUGCACCCCAGGGAUGGAUCCACGGAUCCAGGUAGGGAGGCUGGGUGGAAAAUUCUUAAUUACAUUAUUAAGUUGUGUCUGUGUGUGUAUGUCUGUGAGUGUGUAUGUGUGUCUGUGAGUGUGGGUGUUGGUGUCUGUGAGUGUGUGUUUGUGUCUUUCAGUGAAUGUAUGUGUUUGUCUGUCUGUGAGUGUCUGUUAGUGCAUGUGUGUGUCAAAUCUGAGUCUCUGAUUGUGUGACGAUCAGUGUGUCUGACAAUGUCUGUGUGUCUGUGUAAUGGACCGUUUUGCCCAAAAGAGGAUAAAAAACGUUUAGGCGAUAUUCCCCUUUUUCAGCUGCACCGACAGCUACUGCAAGCACCAAUCUCCUGAACUGCAAACCCACGAAUUCACCAACUACCGAACUGCAACCAAGGGAAUACUCGAAACUCCCGAACUGCAUAUCAAGGGAAUACUCGAAACUCCCGAAUUGGAGACACACGAUUAGCUGCUAGCAGACGAACAGGAAAAGCCCCCAAGCGGCUUACACUCCUGGCAAUCAGUCUCUAACAGCAUACAGUAAAUCUUCCCCCAAUAAUGAGACGACACUUAACUUUGAGGGUUAAGCAGGAACUGAUUUACUGGGGCUAACUGCCCGGCUUUUAUGCAGGUCUCCCACCUGGUGGACACUCCCCUAGAGGACCAAAAGGGAGACUGGGACACAAAGGGUAAAAGGACCAAUCACAGACAUACACAUUUCAACCAUCCCACAAUGCAUCACAAUCCCUCCUCUCUGCUCUGGAGAUAAUUGAGAAGUAAUUCAAUUAUCUCCAAAGACAGAGGCAAAACUCCAUUAACCACAUGGCAGAAAACAAACAGUAAAAGACAUAAAAUUACCUACAGUUACAUUCAGUACAUAAAACAUAAAAUAUAGUUUAAUCGCCAUGGAGCCAUAGUCUUUACACAGUCAGUUUCAUGCGAAUGGGCUCCAUGGGAUUCCUAUCUGGGGCACAACACACUCAAACAAAACUACCGAACACCCGGCAGAAAAGCACGAAUAAGUCUUUUCUGCAGGGAAAAAAGAUGUCUUUUAACAUGGGGCCAUAGUCCAAAGGCAGCAGGCAAGCAACCAGGCUUCUCCAGUGUACAGUGGCAUGGUUGGUUUUGCCACAGUCUGUCAGUAUGCGAGUGUGUGUGUCAAUGAAUGAGUGUGUCAGUGAAUGUGUGUGUGUCAAAUCAGUGAGUCUGUGUUUGUCAUUGAGUGUAUGUGUGUGACGGUAAGUGUGUAUCAGUGUGUCUGACUGUCAGAGACGUCUGUGUGUCUGUCAUUGUGUAUGUGACUGUCAGUGUGUGUCUGUCAUUGAAUGUGUGUUCAGAGUGUGUGCUUAAAGGGACACUAUAGUAGCCCAGACCACUUCAGCUCAUUGAAGUGUUCUGGGUGCAGUGUCCCAAUCUCUUUAACCCUGCAAGUGUAAUUAUUGCAGUUUCUGAGAAACUGCAAUAAUUACCUUGAGGGGUUAACUCCACCUCUAUUGACUGUCUACCAUACAGCCACCAGAGGGACUUCAGGGAGGUUAGGCGACCAAAAGUCACCUAACUAAUGCUGGACGUCCUCACACUGUGCAUGAGGACAUCAGGCAUCUGCUAAAUCCCCAUAGGAAAGAAUUGAUACAAUGUUUUCCUAUGGGGAAGUCUAAUGCAAGCGCAGAGGAGGAGCUUGACCCAGCGCCGAGGGACAUCGGUGCUGGAUUCAGGUAAGUGACCAAAGGGGUUUUAACCCCUUCAGUGCCGAGGGGGGCACUAUAGGGCCAGGAAAACAGCUUUGUUUCCCAUGCACUAUAGUUUCCCUCUAAAAGUAGUAGGAAAAGGUGUAGUUUAAAGAGGAAGAGGUGCGACCUGGACAGGAAAGGGUGGGGCAAAAUUAGAUUAGGGGGGGUUCCCUGGUUUAGUAAUGCCUAGGGCAGCACAAAACAAAAAUAUACACCUCUGGUCGCACUGCUCAAUUCUUUGCCAUUUAGAAGUUAAAUCACUUUUGUGUAUGUUUACACAGUCCUACCCACAUCUCCCUGGCUGUGACUGACACAGCCCGCAUAAAAACAAAAUGGUUUAGUUUUCAAUCAAAUGUUAAGUUUUUAUCUCCUGCUCUGUAAAUUGAACUUAAAUCACACACAAGAGGCUCCUGCAGGGUCUAGCAAGCUAUUACCAGCAGAAGAUAAGAAAUUCUAAAUUAAACAGAAUUUGCAAUAAAGGAAGUGUAAGCAUUAGAUGAAUCUUUGCAGGAAGUGUUUAGGAAGGCUGUGUGAGUCACAUCAGGGAGGUGUGACUAGGGUGGCAUAAUCAAAGAGAUUUAACUCCUAAAUGGCAGAUAUUUUUUGGUUUGUUUAACUAUUGAUACUAUAGUAUGUGAAAUCAAAAAUAAAGCAGAAUAGAUAAAAAGUAAAAACUAAAUUAAAAAAAACUAAAAUAACAAUCAAGUACACGGAUAUCUAUAUGUCCCUAUUGAUUGGUGCUAGAAGGGUUCCGAGUGUUAACAGUGCAAUCUCACUGAUGUCCGUGUCAAGUUGAGGCAAUUAUUUGAGGAUUUUUGUCUCUCUUACAGAAGAGAUAUGUUUGGGUUUUCUGGUCUCCAUUGUCAUUAUAGGGCUUUUUAAUGAUAGAUAGAUAGAUAUAGAUAGAUACCCACUGCCAGAUACACACUCUCGCACACAUACUGCCAGGCAGACAACUACAGAAUUACAGUGUCAGGUAAACACACUCAAACACAUAGAUACAAUGGCAGUUGCACUGACAUAUAAUACAAACACAUUGCCAGUUACACAGAUAAACAGACACUCAAACAUAACUAUUAACAUACAUGCUGUUUUAGUCACCCUCUAUUUUGCCAACCUUUUUGCCACAUGAGAGUAACUUCCAUGGGGUCUAGUAAGAGCAGACUGCGCAUGUGCAGUUAGCAGCUCACUUUUCAACUCCUGUGGGUCUUCUUUAAAGAGCUACAUGAAAGAAAUAUGUCAUCACAUCCUUCCAGUGUGCCUCACUGUAGUUGGAUGGGGGCUGUCAGUACACAGCGGUAACAAACCCACUUUAAAAGAGUCUUGUAAGAGAGAUAUAAGAGAGAUAUGUAAGAGAGAUAUAUAAUUCCCAUUUUUUUCUAGGCAUUUGUCAACCCAUUACAAUUCCAUUUUUCAUGAAUAAACCCCCAUAUAAAAAGGUCUACACACAGACAGACAGAUGAAUAGCCACACAGACAAUCUUGCCUGUGAAUCUUUAAAGUAGGAAACUUGUUCAUUGUAACUAUCACUUUUAAUCUCAACAUUUUAUUGGCUUUGGCACAUGUAAUUAUGUCACUGCGUUAUUUAGUUGCUGUCUGUUUUAAACACUUCAUUUUUUAAGAUUGAACCAUUACCACCCAGUCACCACUCCUUCAAAAAUCGUUAAAAACCCACUUCUUCAUAAAAGCGUAUCAAUUAAACUGUUAAUAGCUCCUGACGGAUUCCUCUUCUGCAACUGUCACUAGUCUAAUACUAUCCUUACCUUUUGUGCCAUUUUACCCCACUCCCUCUAGCAUGUGAGCAUGGCCCUCAACCCCUCUGUUCCUGUGUGUCCAACUUGUCUGGUUACAACUACAUGUCUGUUCGUCCACCCAUUGUAAAGCGCUGCGGAAUUUGAUGGCGCUAUAUAAAUAAUAAUAAUAAUAAUAAUGGGCAGUAUGAUUGUGGAAAUAUUCUCUUUGUAAUAACACGACUCAUCUAAAGCUAGUUUGUAAUGAUGCCUGACUGGACAUGAUUAUCUAGUCUCAACGAUUAUCUGUUUUGCUUAUUUUAAUACUGUCACUAACUUUACAGUAUUUGUAAUUUACACAUAGUACUUAAAAUAAACCAAUACUUCCUCCCAUGAUGGAAACAAGAUGUGAGUAUGUGAUAAUUAGAUCUUAACGACAACACCCUGGGAGUGUUCUGAAAAUAUUUCAAAUGCAGAAGAAUGCUGACACGGUUAUAUAAUGUAUUCAUUUAUUACGUUACUUUGUACGUCCCCCAGCUGACCCCCAUGCCAAAAGGUUUGCAUACAACAAAACUCAACAUAAUUGCAGACUCACUAACACCGUCACAGAAUUUUACCAGCUACAGGACAGCAAGGUGUGGAUUUCUACAUUCAAUAUUAUUUUUCACAUUCCACAAGUACAUAUUUUAAAUACAGGGAUAGGUAAACAUAAUAUAACAAAAAUCCUAGGACGUGACAGCUCCCUUUUUAACAGCUUCUGAAGUGAGCUCUACCCAGACUAAUUAAGUGAGUUAGUCAUUUAUAAUGUUAAUUUUCUAUAGCAGUACUGAGCCUUUCUUGCACUGCAGUGCGUUAUUGGAAUAGCAGGAAUUUCUGUAACAUGUAGAUCAGGUGACAGCUUUCUAUCGAAGCAAACUGUACUAUAACUCAAAAUCUCUAGGUGAGCCCUCUAUAUGUAUAUGUUUGGAGCCUAAUGGGAACCUCUGCAGUAUGGCUGGGAUGGGGAAAUGUUGGGCUUAUGGAGCAAAAUCAUUUUAUUUGGUAUAUCAUUUUUUUUUUUUAAAUUCUUUAUUUUUGAGUGCAUAGAGAAAAAAGUUUUGGAGCAUGGCCGGGCCUUGUGGGUCUCCGUGUCCAGAUGUUGUUAGAAGAGGCUGGCUUCCAUGCAGUAUCUGUAGCUGGAGUGGAGUGAGGCGUUGCGAUCCUCUAGAACCCGGUGCUGCCAGGUAAACUUGUAUGACCGUGCUCUCCAGUCGUGCUUUAUGCCCCUGGCGGUGUUUCUCGUAGAUGAUUGGCUUCUUGUGCUGAUGUAGGGUGCGCCGCUUGGUCCGCCGCCAUUUUGAGGCCCGCUGUGCAGUCGGGACUUGUGGGGUUCUUUCUCCUUUGUUGGGGCUGCUUUUUGGGUAGAUGGCUCGGCAGUUGUGAGGCAGGUGGGUGCAUUCUGUUCUCCAGUUUGCGCCAAAAGUUUUCAAGUAGCUUGUCUAGUCUGAGCUGGAGGUCAGGCAGCCAUCGUCCAUUGUCAGGGGUGCUCUGUACCACCAUUUUACAUGAGCUAUCAGUCUUAUCAUGUCGCUGAUCAGGCGUGCCUCCAGACCUCACAACCCGGCUGAUGGGUGCCGGGAUUUCACUCACCGGCAGGGGAGGAGAUUUAGCUGUGCUCUGACAGACCCUGCGGAGGUUUAGGAGCCCGAGAGCAGAGAGAUCGGCCGCCUUCCUCCGUCCCUCGUGUAGUAGGCCUCCAUCUUCCCGCGAUCCAGAACCACCCGACGCCGGUCAAACUCCGAUAGGAUGAAAUGUGUGGGAGUUCAUACAAGUGCUGUGAGUAUUGCAGUUAUCGGUUUUCCGAUUAAUAUCGUAGUUAGUUGAUGUUUUAGGCGGUUUUCCCCAGGAGCUUCGACCAAGGUGCGUCCGGCUGGAAAUUUAUUUUCUGUUAAUUUGUUAUUUUUGCUAACUUUUUUUAAAACUGAAACUAUAUUAUGUUGAAGAUGAGAGAUAUUAACUGGUGUAGUAAUUUACUUCAUAUAGACUAAAGGCAUUGGUCUAACGGCUAGCUCCGCUAUUCUCUUAUUAAGAUCUAUAAUUUAUCUCUAAUUUACACAUAUUUCCAUGACACCCCCUCAUGUCAAACAUAUGCUUUAACAUACCUUUAAAUGGUCUUGUAUUUUACAGUACAAUGAAACCAAUAAGGGUCAUUUGAAAAUAUACACAGGGCCAUGUUUACCAGAAAGCCCUUUCUUUUGCCCCCGAUGCAGAAUUUAGCUCUUGUUAAAGGGACGCUCCAAAUACAAUAACGAUUACAGUGUGCCCUGGUGACCACCGCAAUGUAAGCAGUGGUGUAUCCUGGUUUUGUGCUGCCCUAGGCAGGACAAAACUCAGGCACCUCCCUCCCCCCGCGCCACCCCCACCCAACCCUUCCCCCCCCGCCCCAGCUUCUAAAUACACACACAGUCAGACACAAACACACACACAGUCAGACACAAACACACACACACAGACACACACAGUCAGACACACACAGUCAGACACACACACACAGUCAGACACAAACACACAGUCAGACACACACACAGUCAGACACAAACACACACACACACACAGUCAGACACACACACACACACACACAGUCAGACACACACACAGUCAGACACAAACACACACAGUCAGACACAAACACACACACACACACACACACAGUCAGUCACACACACACACACACACAGUCAGACACAAACACACACACACACACAGUCAGACACAAACACACACACAGUCAGACACACACACACAAUCACUCACAUCAAAUUUUUUUUAUUUAUUUAACCCCCCUCCAGCCUCCUUACCUUUGGGAAUGCUGGGGGGGUUCCCUUUCUCCCUAGUGGUCCAGUGGCUGCUGGGCGCUGGGCAGGCGGAUGGUGAGGGAGCUCUUCCUCUGAGCGGUCUGCUCUGCUCCCUCGCGCGCCGCAGAGUGAGGCUGGGAGCCGGAAUAUGACGUCAUCGACCCGGCUCACAGCUUCACUCUGCAGCCGCGAGGGAGCUGAGCAGACCGCUCAGAGGAAGAGCUCCCCCGCCAGCCGCCCGCCCAGCAGCCCGCACGCCCGGCAUGUCAGUUAGCCGUGAGGCUAACAAGACAUUUGCCCUGGGCAUUUGGGGGGCGGCGUUUUUUGCCGCCCCCUGAAAAAUGCCGCUCAAGGCAAAUGCCUUGUUUGCCUCGCGGCUAAUACGCCCCUGAAUGUAAGUAGUCAAACCUCUUGGUCUCAUUUCUCAUUUGGCAUCUGCCUGGCGCAUCUCUCUGCCUCUCUCCUUCCGGUGCCAAGAGUAUCUGUUAGCUCACCUGAUCACUCUCAGCCAAUGAGCUAAGCCCAGUGCCGCCAGGUGAGUUUGAAUGAUUAAUUUCUCAAUCUUCAGCAAAGGGCGAAGGGUUUGGAGGGACCCUGUACUAUGACACUCCAUUGUAAAUUUGUACCCUGACUUCUCAGAGUUCAGUUUCCUUUAUUAGAAUUUUUACUAAGAAUUUCAGAAUUUUGCCUGCUGCUAUAUGUUUUUUUUUUUUUUUUUACUUGGCUUUCUAACAAUUGUCUUGUUUUUGAGUGAGUCCUGGGAAGGUUAGUUAGAGGCCUCCAUAUUCCCCCGCAUCCUCACUUGGCCAACCGCCCAGAAAGAUUCCUUGUUUAUCCACUUAUGAUAAAGUUUGUCAAUCAUAUAUGCUUAUAUGCUUUAGUGUUUAGAAAGCUUUGUUAGCCAUAUUAAUCAUAAUUGUGUUAUUGGUAUAAAUAUUGAUUGUGGGAUCACACCACCUCUAGAAAUAGAAACGUGUUUGUUUCAGGAACCCACUUGUUGACUUCCCCUGAGUAAUGUGGUGUAAAUUUGUAUGCAGCCCCGUUAUCAAUUAUGUCAUAAAUGAUGUUUCAUGCAAGAAGCAGAUGAUCAUAGGGUAGGCAGUGCCACGAUUGAACACCCUAGUGUUAAUCCGAUUACUGGCAUCAUACUGGCCACUAAUGGUUGUCCGGCAUCUCUGAGACUAUCCAUUAUGGUAUUCAUGUCUCCACUGAACUUAUACAUAGUAGCAGGAAGGAGUACCCAAAGUGAUGUCAGUUUACUAGUCAACUGAAGCAUCAGCAACAUGUUAAAGGGACACUAUAGUCACCAGAACAUCUACAGUUUAUUGUAUUUGUUCUGGUGAGUAAAAUCAGUCCCUGCAGGCCUUUUGCAGUAAACAAUUUUUUUUCUUAGAAAAGGCAGUGUUUACAUUACAGCCUAGGGAUACCUCCACUGGCCACUCCUUAGAUGGCUACUAGAGUGCAGCACUGACAUUCUAUUUUUCCAUCCUCUGCCUGGAGACACUGAACAUUCCCCAUAGGAAUGCAUUGAUUCAAUGCAUCUCUAUGAGGAGAUGCUGAUUGGCCAGGGCUUUGUUUGGCUCCGCCCCCAGGUCCCCUUCUUGGCUGAGAUAAUCAGAAUUUAUUACCUCAGCCAAUCCAAUACCUUCUUUUGGGGCGUGGCCAGGGGGUCAGGGAGGCUAGAUGAUAUGUUUAACACUAUAGGGUCAGGAAUACACGUUUGUGUUCCUGAUCAUAAGUGCUUCUAAUAGAAUGCUAUGUGAAGUGAACAAGCCUUUACCAGAUUUAAGACGCACUGCCAGCUAAGAGCGAUGCUGGUAGUUCAGUAUUGAACGGGAGCACUAACAUCACCUUUGAUUUGAAUAGGUUUUAUGAGACAAUGAGAGUUCUAAAUGUAAACAUUUCUAGUUACUGAUAAAUAGACAACAUGACCAAUAGACGUGCAAAUAUCUUUUAAGUAAUUUGUUAGAAUAAAAUUCCUGGCAAUCGUUGGACAAACUGAUUCAGAAAAUUUGCUUAGUUCACAAAAACAAAUUGUAUGAUUCUGAUCCGGUUUGUUUGUUAACUGGCCGAAUGUUCAGAUAUCAGUCAGGUGGAUGAUUGCAAAGAAUCUUAUUCUGAAGAAUCACUUAAAACUAAUUCUCCUGUUUGGGGAGCACAGACUUGUUUCCGAUAAUAGGUUACAAGUGCCCAAUGCUUUUUGUGGCCUUGUAGUAUGUAUAAAACUUAACUGUUCUUUCUCCAUUCUCAGAUUGCCUGUUCAAAUUUGCUGCACUAAAUCAUUCUGGCUGUUUCUCUCCUCACUCACUGCUGCUGCUGCUCUCACACAGAGCCUGCUCCUGCUCCCUGCUUCCUCUUGCAGGCAUUGCUUUACAUUAUGCUGAGUUCAAGCAGGAAAGAUGCCAAGAGGAGGGUUUCCUGAUAACAGACACAUAAACCACAGCCUUCUUACCCUGAUCAUCACUGGCUUGGCACAGACUGAACUGAUUGGUGGUGGUGGGGUGUUGUUUUUUAACCUCUGAUAUGAGAAAAAUCUAGACAUUUGCACAAUGUAUAGAUUAAAUUUGAUUCAAUAGUAUUUAAGAUUAAGCUGCAUUUGUCAUGACAGUUACUGUUUAAUUUGGAAUGUAUAAACUGACUUUGCCUUGUCUGAAGAUUAUGAUGAUAUUUGCUAAAUCUUUCAUAUAAAUUUUAAAGAAAACAGAGCAUUUCAUGAAAAGAGGUUAUAGGGGACGGUUCCCCUUUAAGUACUUUCACAGUCUGCUCAUGUCAAAAACAUAGACCUUUAAUUCUGAACUGACCUCACUUUUCAGGUCUCUCUUGAAGUCAGUUGACUCUCUCCUCUGGUAUCUCCCCAGGCAUUUGCUAAAACUUAUAACAAUUACUACACAUAACAAAGCAAAGUAAAUAUGUAAACUUUCCUGCUUCUAUCUCAACUUAUUUCUCUAACUCCUUAAAUGUUUUUUUUAAAAUGAGACUCGCCAUCAGGGCAUCCUCAACUAGAUACGUCACCACCUCUGUUUAUGGCACAACUCGUUAUCAUAUGAAGGUUCAUCUCUGUAUCUAUUACUCAUAUGUUAAAAACUUCAGCUUUAGUUUCUAGAGGAAGCUUCCAAAUAGGAAAUCUAUAAAUAUUUACCUGUAAUGCAUUGUCUCAAUUGCUCACGAUAUCUAAUCACUUUAAAUUAAUUUGUGUCCCUGAAAAUAAACUGGCAGAUUGGAAUCUUACCUGAAAAACUGGAUUCUAUUAAAAAAUACCUUCUGCCUAUACCUUCAACCACCCAUUCAAGAUUUCAGUGAUGAGUUGCAAAUGUCUGUUAAUAAAGUGGGGUGGCUCCCUUCCAAAACCAGUUUUGUUGGUUUAUUUACAGUGAUACAUAAUGAUGAAUCUUGUAAUUAGAAUAAAGUAAUUAUAUGGGUUGAAUAUAAUUAUUGAUGACAUCAACUGUAAUAGAAAUAUAAAAAAAAAAAAAAAUAAUGAAAUAGAGUCUUCACUCGCUCAGUACAUGCGGAGUGGUAAGAUACAUUAAUGGCAACUCAUUAUGUCUUGGUUUAAAAUGAGAUGAGGAUUUUAUCGACGAAGGGUGUCAUGUCAAGGGUGCAUAAUUCAUUGCUGCACUAUAGAAUAUUGCUAUUUAAUAUGAUUGGUGGGAUUUGAGAUGGGAAUUUUAUAGAUGUCAGAAAGUUUACAAAGUGAAUUCCUAUUUUGAAUCUGUGACUCUAACCAGAGCUCGUUAAGCGUGUAAUUCAAUGUAAACCCACUGACUAAUCAACCAUAUGUCUGUAUCUCCUUCUUAGAUAGUGGAUUCUAUUGAUAUGCUGUGGCCAUUAGCAAUCAGGAGACAAUUCUCUCAGUGUCAUAUCAAAAGGAAACAAAAUAAUACCCUAAAAACCCUACCCUUACAAACAUGGCAGCGUAACAGUCGUUUGGAAGUAAUUGUGAAGCCUGUGGUAUUGAGUCAUAUGUAGGAAGUGUGACAGAUCUAUGGACUUGAUAAAUUGCAAAAAAAAUUAUUAGAUGCAAGAAUUAUCUCCAUGGUAAGCACAAGAGAGAAAAUGAAAUCAGAUUAUUCUUUGGAUUGAUGUUUGUCUGAAACACAAGGUUAAGGCCACUUAUUGUUCCUCUAGGUGCACUUCACCUCAGCCUAUACCACCCCUGGGGCGGCUUAGAAACUUGAGAUGAAUACAGGAUAUAUAUCACUGCAAUGAUGUCUAGUGUCUAGUGUGCUUACUAGGGGCCAAUUACUAAUUUUGUGUAAGUUGCCAUCUUACCUUGUCAGAGCCCAACUGGAAAGAAAAUAAUGUUACUUUACCAUCUAAGUGAGUAGUUACCUUUUCUGUUAAUUUCUCCUUUUUAUUUGUAACUGUUGUUGGUGUAAAUAUUUUGGAUAUCAUUUGUUUUUGAAUGCACUGUGACUAUUGUAUUGUUAAUAAUGAAUAAUCCUUCAUUAGGGAAGACUCACGUUACCUGAUUAGACCAAUUUACCAGUCAUUUGAAAUCGCACCGAUAUUGUGUUAAAUUGUAUUUUGUGUUUUUAUUUUGGGAGGGAGGUGGGGGGAGGCAAGGCAUCCCAUUUAUAAAUUGACUUGGUGGUAGUAGCGUUAUAUUACUUAUAUUAUUAUAAUUAAGUAGGUGCUGUUUAGGAAAAUUUUAAUUAUAAUUCUCGGUCUAGUGCAGACAAAUAGUGCAGUUUAACCCUUACACUACAAGAACCAAGUCGUCAUAGCUUGGCCUAUUAAAAAACCUUUAACUUAAAGGACCACUAUAGUGCCAGGAAAACAUACUCGUUUUCCUGGCACUAUAGUGCCCUGAGGGUGCCCCCACCCUCAGGGACCCCCUCCCGCCCGGCUCUGGAAGGGGGAAAGGGGUUAAAACUUACCUUUUUCCAGUGCUGGGUGGGGAGCUCUCCUCCUCCGAUCCUCCUCCGUUCCUCCUCCUGGGCUGAAUGCAAUGAAUACAAUGCUUUCCUAUGGACGCUUGCGUGCUCUCACUGUGAAAAUCACAGUGAGAAGCACGCAAGCGCCUCUAGUGGCUGUCAAUGAGACAGCCACUAGAGGAUUAGGGGGAAGGCUUAACCUAUUCAUAAACAUAGCAGUUUCUCUGAAACUGCUAUGUUUAUAAAAAAAUGGGUUAACCCUAGCUGGACCUGGCAACCAGACCACUUCAUUAAGCUGAAGUGGUCUGGGUGCCUAGAGUGGUCCUUUAACUAAAGACUUGUGUCAGCUUUAACCCCUUAAUGAACAAUGGCAUAUCAUGCAAGUCAUAAUAACAUAGUGGGAUUUGCCAAACUCCUUGGCAUGAUACAGUUAAAAUAUGACAAACAGGCUGAUUUUAUUAUAGUAUUUCAUAAUAUAUAACAAUAAUAAAAACAAUGUUUAUUGCUGUACUCUCAUAUGAGCUCUGUGCUAUUUUAUGUCAUGGCCAAUGGUCAUAUUAAAGCAACAACGUGCACAGAUGGGUGUUAUGUUACAGACUAGACCAGGGGUAGGCAACCUUUCAGUAGAACUGUACCAAAAAAAGAUUUCAAAGUCUCUUGGCGUGUCGAUCCUCGGUUUAAAAAUUGAGAUGUGCCUGUUGCCGUACUUUGCUUGUGUUAUUUAUGGGUGCUGCAGUUGCUUUGUAGCGUUGUACUUGUGCAUUUGUGAGCUGCUAUAUUAUAAGGUAUAUGUUCAUGAGUAGUUUGUGAAAUUGUAUAUUAUCCCUAUGAAAGUGGGGUGUGUCUGGGGGUUGCUUGUGUAAUAUGUCACAGUUAGAGUUGAGCGGACAUUCGGAUGUUCAGGUCCGGUGGGUUCGGACGAACUUUGAAAAAAAGUCCGGGUUUGGGCCCGAACUUGACCCCGAACUUGACCCCGAACCCGAACCCCAUUGAAGUCAAUGGGGACCCGAACUUUUGGGCACAAAAAUCACUCUAAAAAAGUAUUGGAAAGGGCUAGAGGGCUGCAAAAUGAAGUAAAAUGGGGGUAAGAGUAGGACAAGUGCCAUGCAAACAAAUGUGGAUAGGAAAAUCACUUAAAAUACAUAAAAUAAGCAGCCGCUUAGUAGAUAACUCCCUAAUUCCCACGGUAUUAGGGAGCUAUCUACCAAAAGGAUGAAAGACCUAAAUUGGUCUAUUUAGCCACAUUUACUAAUACUAAGUAAAGAUUACUUAGUAUUAGUAAAUUCAGCCCCUACUCGCUAUACCGUGAGUAGGGGCAUGUCUAGUAAACAGUGAGCAACAAACAAAAAAACCUAUUGCCCCCACCCCUGUGCGACGGGUGGGGGCCCUAAAUAAGGAUGUGGAGGGGGGGAUCUACUGUCCUCCCCCCCAGCCCCCACCCCUGAGCGGUGGGUGGGGGCCCUAAAUAACAAUAAGGGGGGACCAAUUUUCUCACCCCGGCCCAUAAAUAAGGGGGGGUCCUAAUGUCCUCCACUCCGGCCCCCACCCCCUGCGCGAUGGGUGGGGGCCCUAAAUAAGAAUUUACCCCCACAGGUGACUAGGGGUCCCCAAAAAAAAUGACCCCUACCUACCCCCCUCAUUCUAAAAAUAAUGAGGGGAGACCCUUAUCUAAAUACCUGUAAAAGAAAAAAAAAUAGACUUACCAUUUGAUGUCUUCUUUCUUCUAAACUCUUCUUUUUUCAGCCCCAAAAAAGGCCAAAUAAAAAUCCAUAAUAACCGACGCACUUAAAAAAAAAAAAGACCGCCCAAAAAAAUAAAAUCUAUUUUUACCCAUGGAGGGCUCCGCGCAGAAUGAGCUCUGCAAGGCGGGGGAAGGCUUAGAGCCCUGCAAUUAGGCGCAGAGCACUCUGAUUGGUGGGUUUAAGCUAUCCAAUCAGAGUGCUCUGACAGGUAAAUGAAGAGACUGACAGGUAAGUCUCUACAUUUACCUGUCACUGCACUCUGAUUGGUCAGCUUGAAAUCCACCAUUCAGAGUGCUCUGUGUCAUUUUUCACAGCGUGGGAAAAUUCCAAAGAACUUUCCCACACUGUGUAAAAUGACACAGAGCACCCACCCCUGCGCGGUGGGUGGGGGCCAUAAAUAAAAAAUCCCCUUCCCCCAAAAAAAUUACCCCUACCCAUCCACCUCAUCCUAAAAAUAAUGAGGGGGGACCCUUGGCUAAAUACCUGUAAAAAAAAAAAAUAGGGGUGAGGGCCGGGGGAGAGGACAGUAGGUCCCCCCCCAAUUUUUAUUUAUGGCCCCCACCCACCGCUCAGGGGUGAGGGCCGGGGGGGGGGAGGACAGUAGGUCUCCCCUUAUUGUUAUUUAGGGACCCCACCUGCUGCGCAGGGGUGGGGGCCAGGGGGGGGAAGACAGUAGGUCCCCCCCAUUAUUGUAAUUUAGGGCCACGCUGAGUAAAAUGACACAGAGCACUCUGAUAACUAUAUAUAUUGUAUAUAUUAUUAUAAAAAAUAAAUAAUAAUUAAUUAAAAAGAAAUACAUUUUUUUAAAAUAAUAAAAAAAUUAUAUAUAUAUGUAAUUUUAUUCUAACUGUAUUUUGAUAUUAAUAUAUAUAUUUAUAUCAAAAUACACUUAGAAUGAAUUUAUAUAUAUAUAUAUAUAUGUAUGAAUGUAUAAAUAAAUAGAAAUAAUAUUAAAUAUACAUAUGUCCAUAUACAUAAUUACAUAAAUAAUUUCAUAAAUAUACACGUAGACAUCAAAUAUAUAAAUAUGUAUAUGUAUUUAAAUUCUACGUGCAUAUUUAUGUAAUAUUUUUACAUAAUUAAGUAUUUUUAUUGAUUUGGGGGACCUGACUGACAAUCCAGGCCAAAAGUCCAUUUAAUUUGCUAGCACUAUAUUUAACCCUGUAACUUUCCGAGACACACUAAAACCUGUACAUGGGGGGUACUGUUUUACUCGGUAGACUUUGCUGAACACAAAUAUUAGUGUUUCAAAACAGUAAAACAUAUCACAGCGUUGCUAUUGUCAGUGAAAGUGACGUUUUUUGCAUUUUUCCCACACAAACGGCACAUUCACUGAUGAUAUUGUUGUAAUACGUUUUACUGUUUUUAAACACUAAUAUUUGUAUUCAGCGAAGUCUCCUGAGUAUAACAGUACCCCCCAUGUACAGGUUUUAAAGUGUUUUUGAAAGUUACAGGGUCAAAUAUAAGGCAGUUUUUUCACAUUGAAAUUUGCCAGAUUGGUUAUGUUGCCUUUGAGAUGGUAUGCUAGCCCAGGAAUGAGAAUUACCCCCAUGAUGGCAUACCAUUUGCAAAUGAAGACAACCCAAGGUAUUGCAAAUGGGGUAUGUUCAGUCUUUUUUAGUAGCCACUUAGUCACAAACACUGGCCAAAGUUAGCAUUCAUAAUUUUUUUUGCAUUUUUAACACACAAGCAAAUAUAAAUGCAAACUUUGGCCAGUGUUUGUGACUAAGUGGCUACUCAAAAAGACUAGACAUACCCCAUAUUGAAUACCCUGGGUGGUCUACCUUUCAAAAAUAUAUGACUUGAUGUGGGUAAAUUACAUUGGCCGGCUUAAAAAAUGUCCCAAAUAGGACAUGGGUGCAUGAUGACUAUCUGUGAAAAUUCCAAGUUGGAACACUGGAAUGCGCACCCUCCAAAUAAGGUAUUUUAGCCCCCAGAGAACCUGACAUACCUAUACAUAGGUAGUAUCACUGUACUUAGGAGAUGUUGCUGAACACAUAUUGGGGUGUUCUUUGGCAGUAACCCUUAAAGUUCUCAGUACAUGUAUUCUUAAAUUGCUAUGUGUGUCAAAUAAAAUCACCAAUUAUUAUUAUUAUUUUUUUUAAAUUGGGCAUAGAUUGGUGGUAAAAUGGUUGUUUAAUACCUUAGGUUGUCUUUUAAAAAAUAUAUACAUAUGAAGGGUUAUUGAUUGGGAUUUCUGACAGAUAUCAGUGUUACAAUGCAACUUGCAUUCAUUUUGGAAAAAAAAAUGGUUUGGAAAUAGCAAUGUGCUUCUUGUACUUAUAGCCCUAUAACUUUCCAAAAAAAGCUAAAAACACGUUAACAUUUGGGUAUUUAUAAAACCAGGACAAAAUUUAGAAACUAUUUAGCACUGGUGUUUUUUGGUGGUUGUAGAUGCGUAACAGUUUUGGGGGUCAAAGUUAGAAAAAGUGUGUUUUUUAAAAAAAAAAGGUUUGCAUCAUAUUUUAUAACUUAUUUUAUAGUAAAUUAUAUGAUAUGAUGAAAACAAAAAAUGGUAUCUUUAGAAAGACCAUUUACUGGCUACAAAAAUGCUAAAUGAUAUGUGUGGGUACAGUAAAUGAGUAAGAGGAAAAUUACAGCUAAACACAAACACUGCAGAAAUGUAAAAACACCCCUGGUCCCAAACAGUAAGAAAAUUGAAAAGCGGUCUGGUUACUAAGGGAUUAAAAGCACCUCGAGUGACAUGCAUGGCCCACAUGUCACGUAGGUUGCUGACCUCUGGACUAGACUAAAGCAAAUAGAUGGGUCAUGAGUUUUUUUUUUUUUUAAAUAUGUCUAUUAAAGGAGUUUCUUUGUGUGAGGUAGGGAGAGUUACAUGCCAUUGCAAAUGCAUUAUAUGUUGAUAUAUGUUGUAAUAUUGUUUUUUCUAAUUGUUCCUUAUGCACUUCCAAUGAUAUCAAACUCUUUAAAAAUCAUAUAACAUUUUAAAUUAAUUUGUAGUUAGCCCUGAACAGAAAUUCAUACACAAAAUGAUUGCUUAACAACUGGGGAAAAUGUGUCAGUGUGCAUAUUUGUACAUUGUUUGUAUGCUAAAUAAAUUGUUAUUUAAUGUUAACCCCUUUUUAAUAUUGGUAAAAAAAAAAUGUUUCUGUGCCCCUCAGCCCCCAUCCCAUAUGGGAUUCUGGAUCUGCAUAUCCUGUUUUAUCCUGUGCUUAUGUGCUACCUAUGCAUCAGUAUACAUAAAAUGUGUUAUGCUAAGAUUUGUAAACAAAACACAAGUUGGCAUUGAAGGAGUUAACAAAUCGAAUGUAUUAUCUGAUUUUCAGCACAUUCUGGGAAGACAUGUGUCCAGUAGAAGAUAAGAUGAACUUCUGGUUGUCCAGAGAAGUUCUUAUCUCCAGAGAGAUACAAUCUUUCUCUGUGCAAUGGUGACAGCAGCAGAGUGUGACCAUCAAAGUGAAACAGAUUGCAUCUAAAAUACAUUUCGCAAGCAACAUGCUACAGAGCAUCUCAUGAUUAUCACUUCUCGAGAUCAACAGUUCCUCCCUAUGCUCCUCCUUCCAUACAGGGCUGAAGUCCAUGAUGAUAACUCAGUUAGAUAUUAUGACAGUGCUAUGAUUGUGACAUAAGGUCAGGUUGCUCUCAGGUUACAGCUGUGGUCCCAUCCCUGGGUGAAUUAAGACAAUGACCUGCGCUUUGACAUAUCUACUCCUAUCCCCAGCUGCCCCAGCAAACAAAGGACACAUGUCUGGAGGAGAGCUCCUCAAGAUGGCCAUAAGCCACCAACUCACCGCUUUAAACACCCUCAGGGAUUUGUUUGAGAACCGGUUUUCCAGCAGUUUGAGACAAGGCUAUUUAAAAGGGGACUUGGAUACAACAUUGCAGUUGAUGAGCUCUUUGUCACUGCUCAGUGACAAUGCAGAGGUGAACGCUUCAAGCGGUGGAGAGUGCAGCAACAGCAGCCAGAGUCUCAUCAGUAGCAUGGACCAGACAGAUCAGGGAGCACAGGGUCCUGGGGAACCCCAACCUUCUGCAGCCCCCACACUAAACAGUGCACCCCAAGAUCAUGUCAACUCAGCAACCAGCUCCAGGACUGUCCCAACACUGGCACAGAUUGCUUCCUUAAACAGGUUCUUCAGAGUCCUUAAAUGCACGGUGCAGCUAUUGUAUGUGGAAAUAAAUGCACUCAGCCAUCUCCCAGGGGAUCCUGUAAUUACCAUCAGACUCAAAGUAAGUCUUAUUUAUCUUUCCACUCGUGGCGUUAGCCUGCCACCUAGUGUUGAAUGAUAAGUAAUGCGCAGAGCAUGUUGUGUUAUGGAAAUGUAUCAAUAUUACAUUGUAUUGUUACUGUGAAUCACAACUGUGGUCUAUAAACGGGACUAUCCUGGACACUUAUCAGUUCUUCAUGCUGAUUGGUAGAGCAUGGAAAAGUAGAUAGCAAGCAUAUACUGCACGAAGGAAAUCCGUUAUUUAGUUGCUUUCCCUCCUACAGCAUAUUAAUUCUGUAUACUGCAGAGCAGCAUUCUUCAUUUACUAUCAGUAUGAAAAGGUUAUUUAUGUCCAAGAAACUUUAUUGAAUAUGAUAAAACUUGGAACCUGGAACAUUGUUUUAAACUCUGAGCUAAAACUGUUGUAAACUGAGAAUUCUAUCUGCUGGGCAUACGUAGAUUCAAUUAGCAAUAUACUAGAUAUUUUAAUAGAUUUAAAAAAAUAAAUAAAAUGUCAGCUUUCUCCAUCACUAUCCAAUAUAGCCUUGUUAUCAGUAUUUCAUAAAUCUCACAUUUUGUUCAAUGCAUUUACCUGUAGACCCAUGACAAAAACAGGGUUAUUUACUAAGUAGUCAAUUCUAUAUUCACUUUGUCUCAAUUGGUCUUAAAUUUUAAAUUGACUUUGAAUUUCCAGAAAUGCCCCCUUUAGUAAGUAAAAUGUUUAGUUUCUUUAUGAACACCUCUGAAGGGUUUUACGAGACAACACAGCAACUUCAUUGUAGUUGCUGGGAAUGUUUUACCAUGGUAGGAAUCCUGGGCAUUAACAAACAUAGCCAUUCGAAUUAUUUAUCGUUUUAUUUUUUAAAUUUUUAUUUUUAUUUUUAAAAUUCUUUAUUUUUCAUUCAAUAAACAUAACAGGUGUACAUUCACUUUUGGGCUUACCCAGAAGUCAAUUGAAAUACAAGUCUUUGUAACAGAAUACAAUUUAACAUAUGCGAUACAUGCCCAUUCCUUAAAAAACAUUGGCACCCGCCGUCUACUGAGGAAUUUUAUUUUAAACAAGGACAGGCAGUUAGGGGAUACAAGUAGCCCAUUCUAAUCAAUAACCGUUCUUGUACAUGUGCUACAUUAUUCCAACGACCGUAUGAUCAUGCCUGUAUUUAUCGUUUUAAAGAGGCGGUAAGUGAUGACAAACCGAUUUGGGCAAAGUGCACGAUAAUUAUCAAGAACCCUGCCAAGAUAGUGUAUUAAAUAUUUUGUGCCUCCAUUUCUAACAUUAAAAUUUAAAUUUUUAACUUUAUAAAAACUAAUCCUAAAAUCUCCAAACCUUACCCAAAAAUGGUAACCAAAUGAGUAAAAAAUAACACGAAAAUAAAUUAUAUUCUGAUGAUGCUGAGCAUUUGUGAUGAGCCAAAGGCAAAACUCAUUGGUGUUUAGCAUAUUUUUAUGAGUGCAUUAUUUACUAACGGACUCUGUUCAGACAGUGAUUUAAAGACUGGCUUGAAAUAUUUAGGCUAAAAUAUAUCUACAUUAUUAGAUUUUUUUCACUAGUUUUACUACUCUGAAUUCACUCAAAUUUACAAAAAUACACACUUUAGUUAAUAACCUUGCCCAUGUUCAAGCUUUCUAGACAACUCAGCUCUCUUUUUUUGGGUAUUAAAUAAACAUAUACAGUAACACAAUAUAUUGUUUAGAUUGACUUUAGUGGCAAAUGGCCUAUUUUUUAAUUGUACCAUUUGUUGUACAAAGUACCAUUUAUCUAAAUGAAAAUGUAUUCAUUCAAAACCAAAUUGAUGUGAACUGAAAACCAUAUUGCAAAAUCAUUACAACCAGUACAGUCCGCUGUAGUAGUUAUGGUGCCAGGAGUAUACUGGCCCUGUAUUCCAGCAAUGGGCAAACUGUUUAGCAACCUUACCGGCUUCACCAUCAAAGCUUCUUGGUUUUCUAGAAACAGAUUUCAGACUUCUGCAGAGCUGCAGACUUCCAGAAACUGAGGUUGUCAUCAUUCAUUGGCUGAGAGCGUUAGCUGAUCACUCUCAGCCAGUAACUGGCAUUCUUUGCAAUGACAUUUGCACAGAAUUGACAUUACCCAGGCCUGAACUCUGGCGUGGUUAAUGACACCCCAAUGAUAACCCCAUAGUGAAGUUACGCCUCCAACCGCAGAGGGGUUAUACUCUGUAUGCACACUAUCUCAUAGUGAAACGCUGCACAUACAGACGCCAGGAACAAUGGCCACUUCAAAUCACUGAAGUGGUCAUGGUGCUUGGAGGAAGUGGUCGUGGUGUUUCGAGUAACCCUUUAAACACCAAGUCUCCAGUUGGACUAUUAUGGCUUACAAUUUGCAAUUUGGUUUACAUUUACUAUAAUUCAGUGUUUAGUGAAUAAACUUGAUUGUAUCAUGUCAGGUAAUUUAAAGGUUGUCAUGUAUACCUCUAUAUUAUAAAAAAGUGAGUAUUUUUUAGCCGAUAGAUAAUGAAAAAAGAAAAUGCUAAGUAUAGAAAUUUCCCAGGCUGGCUAUUUUACCCUUUGUUUAACAAGUCGAUUGCCAAUGUACUUCAUUGUUUAGUCAAUAAACCCACAUGGAUUGUAAAUUAUUAUAGUCAUCUUUAGUGGAAUCUUUUGUGAACAGCCAUGUUUCCUCUACCUACUUCAUCUUUCUACCCUAAGCAUUGUCUGAACAGAAGGAGCAUUCCUGCACCAGAAUUUUGCACCAGGCUAUUUAAAGGAAGUUAAUGUAUCUCUAAUAAUGAAAUAUUCAAGUGUUGCUUUAAAUUUAGGGCCGCACUAAAAUGUGUAAAACAGGAAGUUAUUCACUCAGGAAGUUUUUUCAUCGAUGGUCUCCUUACUAUAGUUCCAUUUCGUAUGUUGAGGGACAUCUUUGGCCAUUCCAAUUUUUCUCAUAGAGAAGCAAUGGGGUCCUGCUCUACAUGCAUUGUACUUGCCAUGUUUCGUCAAUAUAAUGCUUCUCAUAGAGAAGAUUCAGGGUCCUGCUCUAUAUGCAUGGUACUUGCCAUGUUUCGACAAUAUAAUGCUACUCAUAGAGAAGAUUUGGGGUCAUGCUCUAAAUGCACAGUACUUUCCAUGUUUCGCUAAUAUAACGCUUCUCAUACAAAAGAUUCGUGGUCCUGCUCUACAUGCACGGUACUUGCCAUGUUUCGACAAUAUAAUGCUUCUCAUAGAGAAGAUUCGGGGUCCUGCUCUACAUGCAUUGUACUUGCCAUGUUUUGCUAAUAUAAUGAUUUUCAUAGAGAAGAUUCGUGGUCCUGCUCUACAUGCAUGGUAUUUGCCAGGUUGCGUCAAUAGAAUGCAGAAGCAUUAAAUCAAGGGAUUUGCAAAUUUUUCUCAUCUAAUCUUUGCCUCACAUUGCUUUUUAUUGUAGCAUGUAGGUAUUCCUUUUAAAGCUGAUUAGUUAAUGAGACACAUGCUGAUUUCAUAACUUUGAAAUCUAUUCAGUAUGUUUAGGGAGUGGGGUUGGCAAUUUAAUAGGUUGAGUACAGUUUUGAGUGAAAAAAAACCCUAGCGAAUGAGGUUCCCGUGUGAAGUGGCAUGAAACGCGUCAGGGUUGCCCUUCAUUUUGCCCCCCGCACGUUCAUAUAUUUAAAUUUCUUCUUGACUAAAGGAAUAUUUUAAUCUGUUUGAUGGAGUAUGGCAAUCAAGUCCUGUAUGCAGGACCCAGCACUGGUGAUGUAAUGUAUGUGGGAGAAACCCCCUGUGUGCACUUGGGAUUGCAUAAUGAGUUAAAUACAGUUUUGAAUGAAUAAAACCCUAAUGAAUGAAAUAUUGUAUGUCAGGCAUGUCUGUGUGUCACACCCGGAAAAAAUUUAUGGGAGAGCUUUACAUUUCCCCAUAAACAUCUGCACAACACUUUCCCUGUUAUUUGUUCCAACGGAAGAGAAAGACUAGGAAAUAAAGAUAAAAUAUAUUUUAAAAAAACAAAACAAACAAACAAACAAAAACAUUUCUUUUUAAAAAGGUUUGCAUGAUGGUCAAUCUUAAUGAUAACUACUCUGUUAUAAGAACCACAUUUUUAAAUCUGGUUUCCUAAAUACUUAAAAUACGGCUGCAGCAACUAAUUAAUGUUGUACAAAACACACAUACACAAAACACAAAAAACCCCCCAACAAAAACAGCGAAAUAAAAAUGCAGAAGUCACCAGAGUCAAAUGUUUCACAAGAGUAAAGUUCGCCUUUGAAUCUAGUUAUUAUUUACUGUAAAUGCAGAAGACUGCUAUUGGAAUUCACCAUACAGUUACACAAACACCAUGUCAUGCUGUAAUAAAACUCGAGUCCAGGGAUGUAUGACCAGACCUGGAGAGAUCUGGAAGCCGAAGGAUCAAUAAGAGACAGAGAUACUAAACAAUUCUUUCCUAUGGGGAUUUCACUGAUACCCAGCGUAGUUUAAUGGACUCAGAGUCUGUCAGAAUACAGGAAGUGCCUCUAGUGGCUGUCUGAUAGACAGUAACUAAAUGCAGUUUUAGUCCUGCAAGGUAAUUAUUACAGUUUCUCUAAAGCUCCAAUGUUUUAUACUGCAGGACUAAGGGGGACAGGGACACUGCACCCUGACGACUUCAAUGACAUGAAGUGGUCUUUGUUACUAUAGUGUCCCAUUAAGUAUUUGUAAUAAUUAAAAAAAAUAAAAUGUAUAGAUAUAUUGAAGCGCUAUAUUUCGAGUGAGUGCAAUAAAAAAUAUAAAUAGUGAUUUCACCCUAAAUUUGUCACUUAUAAUUAGUUAUGUGAUAUUCAAUUUUUCAACAAUCCAGUAUGUAUACCUUAAAAAAACAAAACCGUAAAUAUACAAAAAAGUGUAUGACCUUUUAACUAAUAUAGUGCAGAAAUGUUGUUAGAACAUACUCCUGUCCUGUCCUUGGUGAUCACCAGAAUUACCUACCAUGACCUUGUACUUCUAUCCAGACCAAGACCAAACCCUUUAAAGUACUUGGUGACACACCAUUGAAAAACAUACAAGGCGGUCAGUUUAGGAAAGUGUUUAAUUCUGUAUCACAAGAGAAAUAGUUUUAUAAUAACAAUCAAUAAAGGAGUCUACGGGGAGUAUCAUUAAUUACCAAUCAAAUAUGGACAACUAUUAGGUAACGUCAUGAAAAGCUCUGGGAAAGCAUAUAAUAAAAUGUGUCAAGACUAUGUUUGUGGCGCUCUGGUAUGGUCUACGUAUGUCCAUGUGAUGUACAAGGUUGUUAGUGUUAUGAUUCAGUUGGACAUAAGUUAACCCUAUCAGUGAUGAGUUGUUUUUCAGGUCCCACAUUAACUCUUUUAGGGAUGGAGGGUUAGUCAGUCUCAUAUUAAACCUUACAAAUGUCAAAAAUAGAGCACUCACAUAUUCCAGAGCUAUUAGAGCUAGCUCUGUCUGUAAAUGAUUCUGUGUCCAUACCACAUCUCCCAGGAACAAGAUGAUCAGGUAACAAAAAUAUUUUAUCAAUAAAACAAAUACAUUUGAAAAAAAAAAAAUGAAAACAGAAUAAAAUAAUGAAUAAAAAUAUAUAUUUAUGGUUGUAAACAGUACUCAAGAAACACAUUUAAUCCAUACUGUUUCUUAGCAAGGUGUAAUAACGUGACUGGCCAUCCCCCCCCAUACAUACCAUUUUCAUUAUAAUUAAAAUGUUUCCGUCUAUAGUCGCUAGCAUUUGCAACACUAUUCAGUCAGACAAGCGCUCCUGUUACAUGCUGGUAGUGUAGCUCCAUGGUACUAAACUCAGGAGUCAGGCUAUUGCCCAAACUUCUCAUUGAUCUGUAAUAGAACUCACGGAAAAGUCUGUGAUUGGCCAGCCACAGAACGUCUGCCCUGGGAAAGAAGGGGUUUGUAGUAGCUGCAGAUACUCGUAAAGAAAGUGACAAUCCAUGAUCUCCUUGCAAUAAAAGGGCUUUAACACCAUAAGGAAGACAUGGAAUGUUCUAAUAUUUUGGUGCAAACAGAGUUAAAUCCCUGCUCACACCAGGGAGACCCAGGUGUCAUGCAUGCUUGGCACAACAUACGCAUUAGGUCCCCACAUUAGCUGACUUCCGAGGAGGAGGACCCCAACCCAGCACCCAGGGAUUUAACAAUCAGGACUGAUAAGUGAAUCUGUUUUAAGUUUUUUUCUUUAGUUAUACUUCAUGUGUAAGAAUUAUUAUAAGCAAAACUGUAAAUAAUUUAGUUUUCCCCCCAUUAUUCCACUUUAAAAAAUGCUAUUUAUAUUUAUUGCAGUAUAAGGUUUGCAUUUAGGAUAUUAAAAGAGAGCCAUGUCUCUCAUUUAGAAAACAACAUAUAAAAUGUAUGGGUGCACUCAGGGCCGCCACCAGAAAUUUUGGGGCCCCUAACUGAGCUCAGGGUCUGGGCCACCAGGGGCCCGCCUCCAAAACCGCCCACAGAGACCGCCUCCAAAUCCCGCCCACAGGAAUACACACACAGACACAAAAGGACACAGAUACACACACACACACACACACACACACUGAUACAUACAAACAGACACACAUACUGAUACGCAUAUAGGCAUACAUACUGACACACACAUACUGAGCCAUACACACAUAUACAGACACACAGGCGUACAUAGUGACAGACACAUACUAACAUGCAUACAGACACACAUGCAUAAGGACAUACAGACACAGACACAUUCAUAAUGACAUACAGACAGACAUACAUUCAUACUGGCAUACAGACACUGACAUCUGUACACACAUACAUACAUUCAUAAUGACAUACAGACAUACAUUCAUACAUACAUUCAUACAGACAUUGACAUCCAUACAUUCAUACAGACAUUGACAUCCAUACAUACACACAUUCAUAAUGACAUGCAGACAUACAUACACUGACAUUCAUACACACAUAAUGACAUACAUACAUACAGACAUGCAUACAGACAGACAGACAUGCAUACAGACAUACAUACAUGCAUACAUACAGACAUACAUAUACAUACAAACACAUACACACAUACAUACAUAGACAGACAGACACAGACAUACAGCCAGACAGAGAGAGACAGACAGACAGGCAGACAUGCAUACAGACAGACAGACAGACAUACAAACAGACAUACGCAUACAAAGACAUACAGACAGACAUACAUACAUAUACAUACAGACAGACAUAGAUACAGACAGACAUAGACAUACAAACAGACAUGCAUACAGACAGACAUACAUAGACAUACAGAUAGACAUACAGACAUGCAUACAGACAGACACACAUAGACAUACAGACAUGCAUACAGACAGACAUGAAUAUAGACAGACAGACAGACAUACAUAGACAUACAGACAGACAUUCAUACAGACAGACAUACAUAGACAUACAGACAUACAGACAGACAUGCAUAUAGACAGACAUACAGACAUGCAUACAGACAUACAUAGACAUAUAGACAUACAGACAGACAUACAUACAUGUAUACAGACAGACAUACAUAGACAUACAGACAGACAUACAUAGACAUACAGACAGACAUGCAUAUAGACAGACAUACAUACAUGCAUACAGACAUACAUACAUGCAUACAGACAGACAUACAUAGACAUACAGACAGACAUACAGACAUGCAUACAGACAGACAUACAUAUAGACAGACAGACAUGCAUACAGACAGUUAUAGAGACAUGCAUACAGACAGACAUGCAUACAGACAGACAUAGAGACAUGCAUACAUACGGAGAGACAUACAUAGAUAUACAGACAUACAGACAGACAUGCAUAUAGACAGACAUACAGACAUGCAUACAGACAGACAUAGACAUACAUAGACAUACAGACAGGCAUAUAGACAGACAUGCAUGCAUACAGACAGACACACAGACAUGCAUACAGACAGAAAUACAGAGCUCAUUUUCCAGCCACCCUCCUGUCUCUUACCUUGUCUUUGCAGGAGGGUGGCUGGGGCUGAUAGGACUGGGAGUCGGCUGGCUCUCCCUCUUCACUGCCACGAGCGCACUCCUCCCGAGCGGAGUGAGCUGGGAGUGACCACUUCCUCCCAGCAGCACUUGCGCUGCGGCUGCAUUUGAAUUUUUUUUAAAAGGGGCCCGGUCACGCUAUAACACGGCCACAGCGCUGACCGGGCACCUGAACAUAUAGGGCCCAUCGGGUGGCCCUAAGUGCAUGGGCCACCCGAUGGGCCCCAUCAGCGUGCGGGCCCCGGUGCAAGUGCACCGGCAGCAGUUCCGCCGCCACACGUGGGCCCCGGGCCAGGCCCCCCUGGGCCGCCGGGCCUGUGACAACCAUUAUGGUUGUCACCCCCUGAUGACGGCCCUGGGUGCACUUAUAAGAUCUGUCCAGCCAUUACUGUUAAUGGAGCAUCACGAUUGGCUAAUUAGCUUCUUGUUAUGGGCAUAGUUCCCUGCAAAUGCUGCAAAGCCUGGGGAUUUACAGCAAAUGCAUUUUUAAAGUGAUAUUAUUUUUGUGAUAUUAUUUUUAAUAACACAUACUAUAAUAUCAAUGGUAUAAUUAAUGAGUACUAUAAUAUUAAUUCAUUUUUAUUUCACUCCCUUUUUCUAUAUUAUAGGAUAGCAUUGAAUUCAGAAAUGUCUGUACCCACAUGACACUACAGAAAGAAGACCGACUGUUUGAUCAGGAUCUGACUUCGGCAAAUGAAAUAUUAAGGACAAUAAUCACAGAUCUGCUGCAAGCGCUCUCCUCUUUUACAUCUGAAUUUAUAGACAAAGUUACCAAUCAAUUAAAUCAAAUACUGCAAAUACUGCAGUUCUGACAGUCUUGUAGUAAUGUUUGUUUUGUUUCUAAUUUCAAUCCAGUGUUAUAUUUUUAUUAUAGUAUUUGUAUUAUAAAUAUUUUACUUAUUUGAGUUUAUUUAAAACUGAUGUAAAUGUGAACUAGCUGACAAUGUGCCAGUUUGUAAAUUGUUGGAAAUUACAGUAUUUGUGUAAAUAACUAAUUUAAUCCAUACCUUUUAAAAACUUAAAUAUACUUCUCAAAAUGUUUUUACCUUAUUUCGAUAGCCUCCUUUUAGUGAUCAUUGAGCAACG